GCUCUGCAAGUCGGCCGACUCAGUUUCCCAAAUUUUCCAAGCUGAUCCCCGGGAAUAGUAUCCAAUCAAUCUGUCCAGACUACUCAAUCAAUCACUCAAAUCCAUUUCAAAAUCAAGUUUGGUAACCAUUAAAUCAUUCUUUCGUUACAAAUUUUUCAGUCUAUUUUUUUUGUUAGUACAACUGAAUUUGCACUUGCAAUUCUACGAAGGGUCAGUAAGAAGAAGAAAGGCACUAGUUGAAGGGUUCUGGAACAAUGCUGGGUCAAGGAUUAACUUACUGUUUAUGAUUGUCUUUCAUCUCUUCAAAUUGCUGCUGCUGCUGUUAACGGGUCAAAUUCAGCUUGAAAAUGAUUCUCGACAGAUUCGGAAUGGAGAGCCUGUCUUCGGAGUUUUUGAGGUAGCACGCACGUGGAAUGUACCAACGAAAUCUUAAACAAGUUGGUCGGUGCUGUUACUCAAGAGAUUGGGUUGGCUUGGGGUGUCAAGGAUGACUUGAGAAAGCUUCAAACAACAUUAGAGACGAUUCUUGCUGUGAUGGCUGACGCUGAGAAAAGGCAAGCGACAGAUGAACUUGUAAGACUUUGGUUGAGAAGGCUCAAGGAUGUCGCAUACGAUGCUGAUGAUGUGAUUGAUGAUUUCUCAUAUGAAGCCAUGCGUAAGUCUGAAAGAGGGGACCGCUUGAAGUAUAAGGUACGCGAUUUUAUUUCAUCUUCCAACCCACUUAUUUUCCGUUUUAAAAUGGUUAGAAAGAUCAGGGACAUUAAUCAGAGAUUAGAUAAAAUUACAGAAGAUAUGGGUAGAUUCCAGUUGCAAAUUACUACACCUGGUAAUACUAGUAUCGCUUGCGCUGAAAGUAGUGAGCAACGGAGUCGACAUACCACAUCAUUUUCAACUGAGCCGGAAAUCGUAGGAAGGCAAAAUGAUAAAAAUAACAUUCUAGAUAUUUUAAUAAAGGAAACCCCAUCUUCAUCAACAUUAUCUGAUAGGAAUCUUGAAAAGGUUUCUGUGAUUUCCAUAGUGGGGAUGGGGGGACUUGGGAAAACUACUCUAGCUCAACUUGUUUACCAAGACGAGUUGGUAAAGAGACAGUUUGAUCUAAAAAUGUGGGUUCAUGUAUCUGAAUCUUUUGAUUUGGAAAACCUCUUAACAAAAAUUAUGGAGUCUGCAAUUCAAACUAAGUUCGAUACUGGAUCAAAUCUCGAUGUACUAGUGAUUAAAGCUCGCAAACAAUUGGAUGAGACUAAAUAUUUGCUAGUACUUGAUGAUUUGUGGGAAGAGAAUCCUGAGUCAUGGGACAGACUCAAGUCUGUCCUGCAAGUUGGUGCUCAGGGGAGUAAAAUCUUAAUAACUACACGUAAAGACCAAGUUGCAUCUAUUGUACGGGACAUUAUUCCUCCGUACAUUUUGCAACAGCUACCUGAUGAUGCAUGUUGGUCUAUGAUCCAGCAAAAAGCAUUUUAUCCUGGGGGAGCAUCAGAUACUAAAGAAAUGAGAAACAUAGGAAAAGAAAUUGCAAAAAAAUGUUGUGGUUUACCACUUGCAGUAAAAUUUCUUGGUGGUUUGUUGCACUCAAAAAACAAAGAAUCAGACUGGAUAUCAAUUAGCAGUGAUAACACUUGGAGUGCACCAGAAAGCCAAAACAAAAUCUUACCUGUACUAAAAUUAAGUUAUAACAAUUUGCCAUCUCAUUUGAAACAAUGUUUCUCAUUUUGUGCAAUCUUUCCUAAGAACUGGGAGAUUAGAAAGGAAACUUUGAUUCGUAUGUGGAUGGCAGAAGGAUUUAUUAAGCCUUCAAAAGUUGAAAACAAAAGACUGAUAGAAGAUAUAGGAAAUGAAUAUUUCGAAAUUCUUGUGUGGAGCUCAUUUUUCCAUAAAUUAAAGAAGAGCGGUAACAUGUUAAAUGACAUAGAGACAUGCGAGAUGCAUGAUCUUGUUCAUGAUCUUGCAGAAAAUGUUCUUAGGGAUAGUGAAUUGGUGUCUCUUAAGAUGAGUGAGUUUGGAAAUACUUCUGAAGCUCGUUGGUUACGGUUAACAGUAAAUGAAGAAACAUCAACAACAUAUCUGAAAAAGUUAAGUAAUGCAAAGAAAUUAAGGACGAUUUUCGUCCUUGAAGGUUCAAACCUGCUAGUGGAUCCUGUUGUUUUUUCAAGAUCCAAACACUUACGGGUAUUACAUGCGAGUCCUUCACCAGAUUCAAAUUUUUUAAAGUUGCCUCAUUUGUGUUAUAAGAUGAGACAUUUAAGGUACCUUUACCUGUCCAAUCUUAAUCUUAUAGAAAUAGUGAAUGUCCAAUCAAUUAAUAAACUAUUUCAUUUGGAGACCUUGGCAUUGACUUACAUGGAUGGUGUUCAAAAUCUACUCAAAAACAUUCAAUCUUUAAAAAAAUUAAGACAUCUUGAAAUCUCAUGGACGGAUCUGGAAGAAUUGCCUGAUUCUGUCACAAGUCUUUGUAAUUUGCAAACAUUGGAUCUCAAUCAUUGUGAUUUAAAAGUCAUUCCUGAUUCUAUCUCUGGUUUAAAACAUCUAAAAUCUCCAAAUCUGUCAUUCAACAAAAUUAUAGAAUUAUCUGUUGUUGUCCUCACCCUCUCCAAUUUGCAAACCUUGGACGUCAAUAGUUGUCAACAUUUAAAAACCUUAGAGUCUGUGGCAGGUCUUGCUAAUUUGAAGUUAUUUAAUUUUAAAUACUGCCCAUUAUUUAAGGCAUUACCCAAAGAUUUUUGGGCUUUAACUCAGUUAAAUCCCUUGACCUAUAUGGUACUGAGAUUAAAGAACUACCAGAGUCUUGUGCUGACCUCAGGAAUAUCGUGUAUGCACAUCUUUUCCAUUGCGAGGUUCCCAAAGAUGUCAGAAAUUGGACAAAACUUAGAAAACUUAUUUACAAUCAGUGGAGAAAUUCAACAAUAUUGGGUUUAGGAAAACUAGUUUACCUUGGAGAUUUGAU